AUGUCUCAUCAGACUGGAAUUCAAGCAAAUGCGCAACUGCAAAAAUAUUUUAGCAAAUGCAGAGAGGGAAAAAUAAGACUCUUGAAAGUUAGCAUUGAGGAUGAACAACUUACAUUGUCAACACACCAACCAGUAAAAGGGACUUGGGAGCAGGAUUUUGAUAAAUAUGUACCACCUCUGAUUGUUGAAGAUCUACCCUGUUACAUACUUUAUAGGUUUGACUCAACAAAUUCUCUAGGAUAUGAAUGGUUACUACUCAGUUGGUCACCGGACAGUGCUCUAGUCAGACAUAAAAUGUUAUAUGCCUCUACAAAAGCCACAUUGAAGCAGGAAUUUGGGUCUUCACACAUUAAAGAUGAAAUGCAUGCUACAGUAAAGGAUGAAGUAUGCCUCAAAGGUUACAAAGCACAUGUGAGUGGUGUGAAUGCUCCCGCACCUCUCACGGACAGAGAAGAGGCUUUGAAAGAAUUGAAUGAGAGUGGACAAGGUCCUAACUAUGGCACGGAUGCAAGACAGUCAACAAUGGGUGGUAUUGCUUUCCCGAUAACAGAGUCAGCCAAGCAGGGCAUAAUUGAUCUCCAACGAGGUUCCUACAAUUACUUACAAUUUAAGAUAGAUUUAGAAGAUGAAAAAAUUUGUUUAGCGAAAGCUGCAAAUAUUAGUUUGGCUGAGCUCCCUUCACAAGUGCCGAGUGAAGAGGCAAGAUAUCAUCUAUACGUAUUCAAACAUACACACGAAGGAGAUCCACUUGAUAGCAUAGUAUUCAUCUACUCCAUGCCAGGCUACACUUGCAGUAUAAAGGAGAGAAUGAUGUAUUCCAGUUGCAAAGGAAACUUUCUUGAUCUUAUUGAAUCUAUGGGAGUACUGGUUUCUAAGCGGGUGGGUAUCGAUGAAGGAAAGGAACUAACUGAGGAAUUUCUAUAUGACGAAAUACAUCCGAAAGUAAAUUUGCACAGACCAGCCUUCGCUAAGCCAAAGGGGCCGCCCAAUAGGGGAGCCAAACGAAUCACAAAAGCUCAAUCAACGCAAUAA